UGUUGGUAAGGCAAAAAAUCCUAUAAAUAAGAGAAAUAUCUCCCACCACUAUUUCUGUCACCAUUGUUGUCAUCUUCUUCUUCUUCUCUCUCUCUCUGGUGAAUCUUUUUUUCCCCACUUCUUAAAAAAAAAAAGUUUGAUUCCCUUAGCAGGAAAGAGACACACGAUAAACCGAUUUAUAAGCAAUUAAUCUAUUUUUCAACAAUCUUUUCAAAAAAAAAAAAAAAAUAACUUUUGUCUUUCCAUUAGAUUCUGAUUAUCUCUACUGCAAUCAUUUUUUUUAACCGUUUUCCUCUGCAUGCUUUUCGCUUUCUCUGUGCCUCUUUUCGUUUCCAGAACCUAAAAAAAAAUGGCGGUUUUGGAUUCUGGAGGCGUCGCUGUACCGCCGACGGAGAACGGCGUCGCGGAUCUCGACAGGCUCCACCGUCGUAAAUCGAGAUCGGAUUCUUCCAACGGACUCCUCUCCGAUACUUCCCCGUCGGACGAUGUUGGAGCUGCGGCGGCCGAAAGGGAUCGGGUUGAUUCCGCUGCCGAGGAGGAGGCUCAGGGAACAGCGAAUUUAGCUGGCGGAGAUGCCGAAACUAGGGAAUCCGCCGGAGGCGAUGUAAGGUUUACGUAUCGACCGUCGGUUCCAGCUCAUCGGAGGACGAGGGAGAGUCCUCUCAGCUCUGACGCUAUCUUCAAACAAAGCCAUGCAGGAUUGUUCAACCUCUGUGUAGUUGUUCUUGUUGCUGUUAACAGUAGACUCAUCAUCGAAAACCUCAUGAAGUAUGGUUGGUUGAUCAGAACUGAUUUUUGGUUUAGUUCUACAUCCUUACGAGACUGGCCGCUUUUCAUGUGUUGUCUUUCACUUUCGGUCUUUCCUUUGGCUGCCUUCACGGUCGAGAAAAUGGUACUUCAGAAAUUCAUAUCUGAGCCUGUUGCCAUCAUUCUUCAUGUCAUUAUAACCUUGACAGAGGUCUUGUAUCCAGUCUACGUCACACUGAGGUGUGAUUCUGCCUUCUUAUCAGGUGUCACGUUGAUGCUGCUCACUUGCAUUGUGUGGCUGAAGUUGGUUUCUUACGCUCAUACUAGCUACGACAUAAGAACCCUGGCCAAUUCAGCUGAUAAGGUCGAUCCUGAAAUCUCCUACUAUGUUAGCUUGAAGAGCUUGGCGUAUUUCAUGGUUGCUCCCACACUGUGUUAUCAGCCAAGCUAUCCACGUUCUCCAUGUAUCCGGAAGGGUUGGGUGGCUCGUCAAUUUGCGAAACUUGUCAUAUUCACUGGACUCAUGGGAUUUAUAAUAGAGCAGUAUAUAAAUCCUAUUGUUAGGAACUCAAAGCAUCCUCUGAAAGGGGACCUUCUAUAUGCUAUUGAAAGAGUGUUGAAGCUUUCAGUUCCAAAUCUAUAUGUGUGGCUCUGCAUGUUCUACUGCUUCUUCCACCUUUGGUUAAACAUACUGGCAGAGCUGCUCUGCUUCGGGGACCGUGAAUUCUACAAAGAUUGGUGGAAUGCAAAAAGCGUUGGAGAUUAUUGGAGAAUGUGGAAUAUGCCUGUUCACAAAUGGAUGGUUCGACAUGUAUACUUUCCGUGCCUGCGCAUCAAGAUACCAAAAGUACCCGCCAUUAUCAUUGCUUUCUUAGUCUCUGCAGUCUUUCAUGAGUUAUGCAUCGCAGUUCCUUGCCGUCUCUUCAAUCUAUGGGCUUUCAUGGGAAUUAUGUUUCAGGUCCCUUUGGUCUUUAUCACAAACUUUUUACAAGAAAGGUUUGGCUCCAUGGUGGGAAACAUGAUCUUCUGGUUCAGCUUCUGCAUUUUCGGACAACCGAUGUGUGUGCUUCUUUAUUACCAUGACCUGAUGAACCGCAAAGGAUCCAUGUCCUGAGAAGGACUUUUUACGCCACAGAAAAAAAUUGGUCAAUUGGAAAGAUGGGAGUUACGUAUCCUUUCUCUUUGUCUCUGUCCCUCACUGGAUCUUCUAUUUCUCGUCUUUUAACAAGCCCAUAAAGAAAAGUAGACUGAGAUAAUUGGAUUCUGUUAUGCUGUAAAGAAAAUUUCAUUCAUAUAUGUUUGUAAUAAUCUUUGACGAUUACCAAAAUACCGAGAAAAAUAAAAAUAAGCCUUUCAAU